AUGCAGGACCCUCGAGAGAGGGCAUACAAAGCGGUCGCCUAUUCGGCGGUCGCAUUCUCAAUUGUUGCUAUUUUGUCUGUUUGCAUUACUAUGCCAAUAGUGUACAAUUUCGUCGACCACGUUCAACAGCAAACGAAACGUGAUCUUCAGUUCUGUAAGUCAUCUGCCCGAGAUAUCAUGAAGGAGAUCAAUCACAAAAAGCCGGCAGCGUUUUCGUCGUUAACCGCGAAUGUAACUUCUGUUCGAAUCAAAAGGCAGACGGGAACAUGUUCAGCGUGCUGCAAACCUGGUCAUCCGGGGCGUCCUGGACUGCCUGGAAAGAAUGGAAAGCCUGGGAUCCCUGGAGCCCCAGGCCGACCUGGAGCACCUGGUCGACCACCGAUAAUCUGUGAAGAACUUGACAUCCCUCCAUGUAACCCAUGUCCGCCUGGACCUCCUGGCCCAGCAGGACCGAAUGGGGCACCUGGAAACCCUGGAAGAGGCGGUAGUCCAGGGCGACCAGGCAAUCCAGGGCCUCCUGGGGCGCCCGGUCCUAAUGGUCCUUCUGGGCAACCAGGUUCGCCUGGAUCAGACGGCGAGAAGGGAGAACCAGGACGACCAGCUCAAAGUACAAACGCGAUUCCAGGAGAUCCUGGGCCACCAGGAGAACCAGCUGGGCCACCAGGACCUCCAGGACCACCUGGACUUAUGGGACCUGCUGGAACGCCUGGAAAUCCUGGUCAGCCAGGGCAACCUGGACCUCAGGGCGAGCGCGGAAUCUGUCCCAAAUAUUGCGCCCUAGAUGGAGGUGUUUUCUUUGAAGAUGGAACGCGACGCUAA